AUGAGUUUGGAGGCUCGGCUCAACGACAGCCUCAACGAUAUACUCAAGACCAGCGGGUAUAUUUUUGAGAUCAUCAACAACAACAAAAAGCAGCUGAACCUUAUUACCGGCACCAACAACCAGCUCAUAUCGCAGCCGAUCGUCCAGCAGCUCGCUCGUAAUUUGGCCAAGUUCGACGAGAUCCUCGAUGAAACGGUGUCCAAACUCAACGACGUCAAGUGGUGUGUUGAGGAAACGGUGGGACGACAGCAACGUGAAGCGGAGCUGAAAAUCAAGGAACAACUUGAGCAGCAGCGACUUCAAGAAGAGGCUAAGCGCCAAGAAGAACAGCGGCGAGAAGAAGAAGGUCAGAGACAGCGUGAAGAAGAAGAACGGCGCAAGCGGCUCGAGCAGGAACGGAUACAAAAGGAAAAGUUGGAGAAAGAACGCCUUGAAAAGCAACGGCUUGAAAAGGAGAAACAAGAACGAGAACGCCGCGAAUGGGAGCGCCAGGAGAAGGAACGGGAAGAGAAAGAACGCAAAGAGCGCGAGGUGCGCGAAGCAGAGGCGUCGCUCGCCAACUUCAACCAGCCGUUUGACUUUGAUCUCGGCGGGCUGGAGGGCGGUAUCCCCAACCCCACCGAUAUCUUGUCCACGAUCAAUUACCAGCAGAAUCUGGGCGACCUCAACGACUCCAACAACAUGAUGAACGAUUUACUACAAAACGACGACUCCCUCUUGGGUGGGCUCAACCUUGAUCAAUUAGAUUCCGGGUUUGACGGCAAUAACCAGGCGAAUCUGCUCGACGACGGGUUUGAUGUCGACAACUUCCUCAACCAAUUUGACCAAUAG